AGAGAGAUAAAAGAGAGAAAAGAUAAUCUCUUUAAUGUCCACAUUCUCUCUCUCUUCUUCUUCACAUUCUUGAGAGAACCUCUUCUCUCCCCCAAAAAACGACGUAGUUUCACAUUCUUUAAUGGAGUUUGAAGAUAACACCAACAACAACAACGAGGAGGAGCAAGAAGAGGAUAUGAAUCUUCACGAGGAAGAAGAAGAGGACGACGCCGUUUACGACUCUCCUCCUCUCUCUCGUGGUGUCGUCAAAGCCUCGACAGAAAGUCAUGAAACCACCGGAACAACCUCCACAGGCGGCGGAGGAGGAUUCAUGGUUGUUCACGGAGGAGGAGGAGGAAGCAGGUUUAGGUUCCGUGAGUGCCUCAAGAACCAAGCGGUGAACAUUGGAGGACACGCGGUGGAUGGUUGUGGCGAGUUUAUGCCAGCUGGAAUCGAAGGUACCAUCGACGCGCUGAAAUGCGCCGCUUGUGGCUGUCACCGUAACUUCCACCGCAAGGAAUUACCUUACUUACACCACGCGCCGCCGCAGCAGCAUCAGCCUCCUCCUCCACCGCCUGGUUUUUACCGUCUUCCAGCUCCGGUGAGUUACCGGCCACCACCGUCACAAGCUCCUCCACUUCAGCUCGCUCUUCCUCCUCCACAAAGAGAAAGAUCAGAAGAUCCAAUGGAGACUUCUUCUGCUGAAGCAGGAGGAGGAGGGGUUAGGAAGAGGUUUAGGACUAAGUUCACGGCGGAGCAAAAGGAGAGGAUGUUAGCUUUAGCUGAGAGGAUUGGGUGGAGAAUUCAGAGACAAGACGAUGAAGUGAUUCAGAGAUUUUGUCAAGAGACUGGUGUUCCGAGACAAGUUCUUAAGGUUUGGUUACAUAACAACAAACACACUCUUGGUAAGUCGCCUCCACCACUUCUUCAUCAUCCUCAGCCUCUUCCUCCUACUACUGCUCCACAGUCUUCGUAUCAUCAUGAACAAGACCAACCAUGAAUCUUGAAUUUCUUUGAUCACUAGGGUUUUAAUUUAGCUUUAAUUAUUUUACUUAAUGAGAAAUUUGAGAGGGUUUUUUUAAUGUUUAAUUUAUGUACCCAUUUUCGUCUUUGAUGAUGAUGUUGAUGUUGAUGAUGAUCCUUUCUGGUUAAUUACGUUUUUUGCAUUAUUAAUUAAGUCUGAAUCUCUUAGCAAAA